AAAAAACAAACAUCAAUCCUUGUGACGUGUCAAUAUACUACCCAUUAAAAAAAGUACCCUCCUCCAUCCUUUCAUCCUCUUUGGUUUCGCCGUCCGUCAUUUUUCUCCUCCUUUCUACCAUUUUUCUCCAUUCAAGCUUGCUUUCAGAUCCUUAUUCACUCCUUUUUUUUGGCAAUAGAUUUUAUCCUUCUUUGCUUGAGCAGUGAGCAGCAGCAACCAGCUCCUACCAUUAGCAGUGGCAGUGAGCAGCAACAGUGAGCAACGGCACCGCAGUAAUCCAAAAUCUCUCCCUCCCCUGCGGCAAACCUAAAGAGACAUUUCACGUUGGAGGUGAGCUCUAGUCUCUAGACCCUCCGCCCCUGGUUUUGACAAGAGUGAAAGGAAUCCCGAGGCUGAGAAAAAUAUCUGAGAAAAGACAGAGAAACAAUUGUGAAUCCUGCGCGAAAAGUAAGAAAACUGUUUUUUAGUACGAAUGGUAAAAAAGAAUUCACCGUCCGCACCUCCAAAACGACGUCGUUCCUCAAUUUGUCAGAAAACCCCUUCAUUCCUUCAAUUCUCUUCACACAAGAUCUUAUUCCCCUUCGUCUUCUUCCCCUGGAGUGAACACUGCCCACAAUCUCCAGAAUGACAUCCUCUCUGGCACACAUGUUUUCCACAUCCAAGAACAUUUGUACAAGGAUUCUCACAUUGGAAAUCCUAGUCACAGCAGUCUCUCUCCUCUUCCUUUUUUCCACACUGACACCGGUGGGUACCUCUUGCCUGGCAGGGUGGGCACGUCUCUUCAUGGCAGAUAUGAGAACAUCUGUGUUUCUUGCAAUCCAAAAGCUUCGAACA